ACCAGCGCGAUACGUUCUUAUCUGUGCGACAUUUGCGCUUGAUCAUCACGGUUUGAAGGCCGUACCGCUGUAUAAAUAGAUAGGCGUGGUGAGAAGCAGGAUACAAGUCAUACAAGUGGUCGCGGUAUUGCACAAGAUGACGGGGCGCGUCGCUGUGGUGACUGGUGGAAACAAGGGUAUCGGCUUCGCCACUGUCAAAGCCCUCUGUCAACAGUACGACGGGACCGUCUACUUGACGGCUCGCGACACCACCCGCGGCUUGAACGCCGUCAGUCAGCUGGAGGAGCAGGGCUUGAGUCCAAAGUUCCAUCAACUGGACGUCACCGAUGACAACAGUGUCAAUACAUUCCGGGAUUACUUGCAGACCAAGUACGGCGGCCUCGACGUGCUGGUUAACAACGCCGCCAUAGCGUUUAAAACCGCUGCUACGGAACCUUUCGCGGUCCAGGCGGAAGAAACGAUACGAGUAAACUACUUCAGCUUGCGCAGGGUGUGCACUGCUCUCUAUCCGUUACUCAGACCGCACGCCCGGGUGGUUCAUGUCUCCAGCAGCGCCGGGCGUCUGUGCAAAAUUACUGGCGAGGCGUUGAAACAGAAGUUGGCCGAUGCGAAUCUGACCGAGACGGAAUUGGACAAGAUCAUGCGUGAAUUUGUCGACGCCGCGAAAGCUGGAACGCAUUUACAAGCCGGUUGGUCAAAUUCAGCGUAUGUGGCGAGCAAGAUCGGCGUUUCCGCUCUAGCCGGUGUUCAUCAAGCCAUGUUCAAUGCGGAUCCCCGAGAAGACAUUGCAGUGAACGCGGUUCAUCCUGGUUACGUAGAUACCGAUAUGACUAGCCACACGGGACCCUUGACACCAGACGAAGGGGCUAUCGGUCCUGUUUACUGCGCGCUGUUGCCGAAGAAUACCGAGAUAAAAGGAAAAUACAUCUGGUACGAUAAGACGCUGUCGGACUGGAAGUGAGCGCGCGUAACGGAUGAACAAAGUAGAUGUUGUAUUAGUUUUUUUUUACAUCACGUUGAUACUUACUUGAAGAUAAAGUCUAAGCAAGUCUAACAAAGAAAACCCCACGAAUAAAUGUGAGACACCUAUUUUGUUACAAAAAAAUUUCACUUUAACUGAAUAAAAAAAAUAUAUAUAGAGAGAGAAGAAUGUUACAUUAUCCACAUUUGUAAAAAAAAAAAUCUUGUAUGAAUAAAGCAUGAAACUUACGU